AUGCUGCUGCAGCUGAGCACUCAGGCCAGUGUGCUGGCCGCAAUUAAUGGAGGCACUGUGACUGGGCUCCGUAAAUCUGCAGUGUGCAAGAGCAGCUUGGAACUGAGGCAAGAUUCUCCCAUCAGUCAGUGGUUGGGAGAGCCUCAGGUGCUGGGUGCAGAGGCUGUGAGCUCAGGGCAAGCUCCCGCAUGUUGUGGGCUGAUCCCACUCACAGGUGGAGAUUUGUCAUGCACGGCUAGGAUUCAUCUGUGA